UUCACUUCCCUCGCUUCUGCUACUAUGCAUCUCUCUCUCUCUCUCUCGCUUCUGCAUGAGAGAGGAGGAGAAAGAGAGAGAUUUCUCUCUCUUUUUUCGUAUUUUUCUGCAAUGUCACCCUUCGUUUCACGAGUCCGAUCGCGAAUGAUCGCCGUAUCUCCUUCGGUUCGAGGCUCGAAGAUGAUUUUCUGUUCGUUCUGAGUUUUUUUUUCCUUCAAUCUCUCUUCCAAAAUAGCGUUUUCUGCUCCAAACGGCUUGGAAUCAGUUCGUGGAGCGUAAUGCUUGGCAGUUCUCGUCUGAUUCAAGGUAUCGGUCUGGUGAGUGGGACUGUAUUGGAAGGAAAACACAAGCAGAGCCAAUACAUGUUUUGUGGAAGUUUCUAUAACUUGAUUCAGUGAUGGUCCCUCCAAGAGUUGUGCUGGCCAUGCAGGCAAUGAAGGCCAUAGGUAUUCCUCCACAAAGAGUGAAACCUGUGCUGAAGAACCUCCUGAAAGUUUAUGAUAACAACUGGGAACUUAUUGAAGAAGAACAUUAUCGAGUUCUUGCAGAUGCUAUAUUUGACUUUCAGGAAGAAGAAGCAAGGAAGAAGAAAGUUGAGAAUUUUGAUAGUGUGGAAGACCAGAAUGAAGAAGCUAGAAUAAAUGGUGCUUCUGAAACUCCAAUGACAAGGCCACGAUUGCGACAAGAAGAUGAUCAGCCUUCACAUUCUCGGUUUAACUCCGGAGGUGAAUCUUCGUCGAAAAGGAGAAAGUUAGAUGAGACCAUCUCGCCUGAAACUUCUCUUGGACGGGAAAACACAGACCCAGUUCCACCUCAGGCGCAGACAUUCGUUGGAGAGAGAAGAAUGGAGCCUACUUCAACUCAGGCUCAUGAUAUAGAGAAAAGGCUGGAGCCUGUUUCACCUCAGACACAUCUUAGUGAGAAAAGGACUGAGCCUGUCUUGCCCCAAAUUGCUCCUAGAGAGAAAAGAUUAGUGUCAGAGAGAAUGUCUAACAAUAACUGCUUUAAAGAGCCAAAGAUUGAACCAGUCACUGAUAUUUUGCCAAAGGAUGUGCCCAGUCAUCAUCACUGCAAUACUUUAAUUAAGCACAGAAGUGAGCCAUUUACCAGCAACAGUCCACAGUUUGAGGCUCCUAUCGCUGUUAUCCAUCCUCCCACCUUGGCGUCUGCUAGGAAAAAAGCUUGUCCGGAUGCAGUAAAUAAAGUAGGUUCUUCAAUUGAGAGUGAUUCUACUGAGAGAACGGAUUCCGUGGAAACCUUGGCAUCACGACAUGUGAAUAGGGUGGAUGGGAAAAAAGAUGUACCAGAAGUGACAUGUAAGAAUAGAACAAGUCCUGAUCCUGGAAGCAUUCAAGAGACGUCUGAAAAUAUUGAGAUUGCAUCGUCAACCUCUGGAGAGGUGAAACUUUCUCUGACCUGUGACUCUGCACUUGAUCGCUCAAAUUUCCAUAUACCAAAUCUAGAUGCAGUUCUAAAGAUGGUGGAGGAUCACUGUCUCAAAUCAUAUAAAUUUGUUGAACCCACCUUUUCAGUCGUGAAGCUGAUGAAGGAAUUAUGCCAGUGCUUUGUAGAACUAGGUACUGAUUCUAAUGAUGGUGAAAUGGAAAGAGAUGUAAAUAUAAACCCUGCCCUUGAUUUAUUGAGAAAAUCGAAUCUGAAAAAUCCCAUUAGAAGCAAUUUCGACUUGCCAGCAAGCUCAUCAAACGGUUCAGCUGACUUCUGUCACUCUUCUGGGGUGGUUGUACCCCAAGUCCCAAAGACUCCAACUCUGAAUGGCAUGGAUGGUCUUUUCCUCUGUACCCAACCCAAUGAGAAAGUUUCUGUGAGUUCUAAUAGUGACAGGCAUAAGAAGAAGGAACUGAAAGGUUCUGAACCCAAAAAAGCAAAUUCUUAUAGUUUAGAUAUUGUUCCAUCGUGCCGGUUGUCCAUUGAUGAUGUAAGGCCACUCCAUGAUAUCAAUGAUAUAUCUAAAGGUGAAGAAAGUGUCAGAAUUUCAUCGCUAAAUGAAGUUAGUAGUGAGAUUUAUCCACCUUCCUUUUACUACAUACCACAAAACAUAGUUUAUCAAAAUGCAUAUCUUAAUUUCUCACUUGCACGAAUUGGGGAUGAGAAUUGCUGUUCAGACUGUUUUGGAGAUUGUUUGUCAUCCUCCAUACCUUGUGCAUGUGCACGUGAAACUGGGGGUGAGUAUGCCUAUACGCUUGAUGGCCGUGUAAAGAAAGAAUUUUUGGAUGAAUGUAUGUUUAUGAUUCGGGACCCACAAAAGCACCAUUUCUUUUACUGCAAAGAAUGUCCCCUAGAAAGGUCAAAGAAUGAGGUCCAGCCUGACCCAUGCAAGGGCCAUUUAGUGAAGAAAUUUAUCAAAGAAUGCUGGAGUAAAUGUGGAUGCAACAAACAAUGUGGAAAUCGAGUAGUGCAGCGAGGCAUAACAUGCAAUUUGCAGGUGUUUUUAACAUCCGAAGGAAAAGGGUGGGGUCUUCGAACCCUGGAUGAAUUGCCAAGAGGCACUUUUGUAUGUGAAUAUGUUGGAGAAGUACUAACCAAUAUGGAGCUAUACGAUCGAACUAUGCAAAUCACCGGUAAUGAAAAACAUACUUAUCCGGUGUUAUUAGAUGCUGACUGGGGAUCAGAAGGGGUCCUGAAAGAUGAAGAUGCCCUUUGUUUAGAUGCAACUUUCUAUGGAAAUGUGGCAAGAUUCAUUAAUCAUAGAUGCAUCGAUGCAAACUUGGUUGGGAUCCCAGUUGAAGUGGAAACCCCAGAUCAUCACUACUAUCAUCUUGCCUUUUUCACAACAAGAAAGGUAGAAGAAUUGGAAGAGCUAACUUGGGAUUACGGGAUUGAUUUUGAUGACCAUGAUCAUCCGGUGAAGGCAUUUCGGUGCUGCUGUGGGAGCAAAUUCUGCCGAGACAUGAAGCGCUCAAGCAGAACUAAGCAGAGGGCUUUAAUUUUGAGAUGAGCCGCAUGCAUCAGACCAGCUACUGGAUCAGUCCAGUGGCUACAAAACUGUUGUCGUGGGACUGGAUGACUGUACAGACAGUGCAGUUAGAUCUUAAAACCAUUUUGAGUGUUUCUUAAUAUUAGUGCAUGAGCAUGUCCAUGAUCUGACCUGACACAUUGAAAGUGGUCAUGAAGGCCUGCUAUUUUUCCACAAUAAAUUUUAACAUAUGCUUCAACUUGAUUUAUCAAUCCCUAGACCUAGGGUUCUUCAUGGUUAAAAAGUGUUAUUUUUCAUGACUUUGAUUCACCAGAAGCCAGUUUCACAAACUGAAACAAUACCCAAGUGUUUUGGGUCAUUGACAAGAAAACUAGGGUUAUCACAUAUUCACAAAAUGGAAUCCAUACAUGAAUCAAUAUCAGAUUGUUCACAACAGAAAGGACAUCAUCAUCGAUCAACAAAUUAUCAUUAGGGUAUGUCAUCGUUGGGGAAGAGAUGUUUUGAAUUGUCUUUUUUGAAAAUUCCAAAAUAUUUUUAGGAUUUUCAAGUUAUUUUUCUAGUAAAUUUGGUUGAUAAUGGUAGAUUUCUAAAUCCUAUAGGUUGUUUCUGUGAUUUGUUCUACUUGAUGGGAGGAGGGGAAAUAUGGAGGGAUGUGAUUUUUUGUAUAGCAAAUUGGUCAAUAGAAAAUGACAAAAAAAAAGACCCUUCUUUUAACUGUAGGCAGUGAUGAAGCCUUACCUCAAGUAGAGGGACAUUUUGGUAAUAUGCCAAAGUUUUAUCUGCAUAAGGAAAAGCUGUUUCACCUGUUUGGGUAGUAGGAAUCUAAGGUGAGAACAUGGAAAAAUGUAAGCAAGAUUUCCAAACCACAAUAAAUGCAAUGGAAAUGGUAUUGAGGAUUCUCGACUGUUCAUGGCAAUCCCAAUCCAAGCACUGGAAAAGAGUUAUUUUGUGGAAAAGGUAAUCAUGAUUUCUCUUCCAAGAGGAAUCCUAAAUAGAUGCUAGAGAGUAUUCCUCCUUGUUUCAUGGAUUCCCAAUGAUGAAAGUAUUGAUUUUGUGGAGACAAUAAAAGGCUGAAUUUUAUUUUUAUUUUUAAGGCCGAAGGGCAAAAAGUACAAAAGAAAAUAAAAGAAAAACAAGACGCAAAGACUACAACUCUAACCAACAAGUUGGAAACUGGUCGGCAACUAAUAUAUUAGCUGCAUGCACCCAUUCUAUUACAUUUUGUUUUGCCCUAUUGAAAACUUCGAAAGGACAACCCUUAGUAUUCUUAAAGCAGCGGCUAUCUCUCCGAGCUUGCUAAUAAACACAAGUGCCAAAUUUGCUUCUCGACUUUAAUUUUACCUCUGUGUCAAGCUUGCAAAAAAUUGGUCUACACCCAUGAGACUCCAAAGAGAAUAAGAAAGCCAAUCCAUAUCUUUGAUGCAAAAGAACAAUGGAUAAAUAGAUGAUCAACCGACUGCUAGUUGUUAUAACAUAAUAAACACACGUUUGGGAUUAUCAUCCCUCGCCUUCGUAAAUUGUCAACUAUAAGAACCUUCUACCCACCAACCAAGCAAAUGCCGCCUUGGAUGGAGCUCCAUAACGCCAGAGAUGAACUAUGUGACAUUUGGCCUGCAUGACAUGCCCCCUGACUAGUCUCUUGUAAAAAGACUUUCCCGAUUUUUUUAUGAGCCAUACCAAAAUAUCUUCCUCAAGUAUAAUGGAUGCCGACUUGACAAGAAUUCUAAAAGCCUCAUCAACUCCACCCCUUCCUCAUUAAGAUUUCUUCUGCAAGGAGUCCAAAUAACUUUCUCACCUUGAAUGGAAAAACAUCUCGCUACCAAAAUAUUUGGCUCUAUGGCAAUCCCUGUCUAAGGAAAGACAUUCAAUUUUUUAUUCCCAACUCACACAUCUUCCCUCAAGGGGAUCCUUCUUGCCAUUCCUAAGUGAGAAUCCACAUUUUUCCAAACCUUACCUAUUUCCAAUACGAGGAGGGCCUAUACAACGAAAAAGCUUUUCUCCAUCUACCCUGUUCUUAGACACCAUAUUUUCUACCCAAUACCUCUCUCCACGCUAUCUUUCUCUAACCCAAACCUCCAAACCUGGAAGUAGAAUUAGUCUUCUUCAGUAUUAUCUGAAACUAAACAAUAGGAAACAAUGAUUUUCUGCAAGUAAA